AUGAAGCUAUCAAUCCCCAUUCUUGCAGGCCUUGCCGGUCUCGCUUCAGCUGAAUUCUAUGUUGCUCGAAUUCUCAACAACCCAAAGGCCAUCUGUCUGCCUACAGGAACAUGCAACUCUCCCAUGGGCACCAAAGAUACUUACCUCAUCGGUGCAGUUGACAUGAAGAACUGCGACGCCAUCGGCAACCGCACUCUUGAAAACGGCUUCUACGUCGAUCCACUUUGUCCAGACAAGAAAGGCGAUGGCGGCAAGCCAUUCGACCUCACGGGCAAUGUGUGCGGCAAACCCGACCGGACGAAAUACUACUUCCGCGUCUCGCCGGCAGACAACCAGAAAUUGGACGUCUCAUUCGCAUCCGAUUUCAAGGAUGUCGUUGCUUCUUGCAGUAAAGACCAAAAGUGUGGCAAGGAGAAGUUCUUGCAUUGUGCGUACCUGGGGACUCAAAUCAACGUCAUCUACAAUUACCGUUGCGAGCCUGUGAACAACUCUGGCUGUUAG